AUGCCUGAGGAUAGCGACAUUUCAGGUUCAAGAGCGAACUCACCCGGCGGGUCUCCGGGUGGUGUGAAUACUGGAGUGAGAACCACUGGUGAAAGAGACGCCGUUUUAGAACGACUCGCAGAGUUGCAAGAGGUGCUGAGUCAGGAUGAGAUGGCAGGGGCAUUUUUUCAGGCCCGUGAAGUCAUUCGUCGUCAUUUUGGAAUGAAUCCUGAUGACCCCGACGAGGUUGCCGGUUUUCUCGAGGCUCUAGGUCCUGAAGAUGGUCAUGGAGGAAUUGGUUGGAAUGAGUUGUCAGCAGAAAAUAGACAGGCGUUGACUGGUGCUUUGUUGAAUUAUAAUGAGGAUGAGGACGAGGAUUAUGUUCCAGAAAAUGAUCCUGAAGACGACGCCGAUGAAGCCUCGGCUUUUGAAGAUAAUCACAUGGACGAAGAUAGAGACGAUGUUGUGGAUGGAGACGGCGAUCAUGUCAAUGAGGAUGAUGAUGAUGACGAAUUCUAUGAGAGUCCUAUUAUUAGUAUGGGUCCUCGUGGUACUGUCAUGUAUAAUGGUAUUCCUAUCAGGACAAUUGGCGACGAAGAUUCCGAUCAUGAUCCAGACUAUGAUGAUGCUGACGCUGUGGAUGAUGAGGAUGAAGAUGACGACGAGGAUUUAGAUGACGAUGUCGAUAUAGAUAAUGAUCAUAUUGGCGGUACAGCCAGUGAUGGUGAUGAGGAUGAAGUUGAUGCCAAUGGCAAUCGUCCUGGAACUGGUGUUGGUGCUGAACGUACAGUUGCUGGUAAUAAUGAAGAUGACGAUGAAGAUGACGACGAGGAUGAUGACGAUGACGAAGAUGACGAGGCCUAUGAAUUUGGCAACGUUCGAGGCCCUGCUAACAGAAGAGCAUUAUUAGAAACCGUGCGAGUGAUGUUUGAUAGAGCAGCAGCUGAAGAGCGAAUUACCGGUCGUGGUCAUCCUAUAAUCAUUGCAGGAGGAAGUCGGCUUGCAAGACGAAUCCGAACUCCAGCUGAACUUGCUAGUGCUAAUAGCGAGCUGGAACAGGUGCCGAAUAAGAAAAUGACCGAACUGAUUUCACAGGGUGAAUUUGGCUACUGGCCUCGUCGUAGUCAACCAUUUCCUCAAUACUAUCCUCAGUCGACAAGACAGCUUCUUCUACAGAGAAAACUCGGUAAACGACCAAUACCCAACUCUGAAUUUGGUAAACGGUUUCUACCGAGUAACCCUGGUAGACUGGUAUAUCGAUACCUCGAACCUUCAUAUGGAGGACAGUUUUCAGUAGACGGAAGCAUUUUCUACUGUUAUACACAAGAGUUCAAAGUUCAUUUAUACAACACUCUAGACCCAGCACGACCCAAGUAUCUGUGUAGUCUGCCCACUGCUUCUGGAGACAUGUUACCAGUGACUUCGAGAUGGACAAUUACAGACGCAGAUAUCAGCCGUGACAAUCGGUUUCUAGUUCAUAGUACACGAUCCAUGGUCCUGACGCUGUCGUCUAAUAUUCAAAACUCAGAAGCCAUGAAAACCACUCCUAUCAUUCCUACAAACCAAGAUCUCCUGGAUAGUGAUCGGAUAGUGAUAUUCUCCACGAGGUUUUCAUCUGACGCCCGUAAGAUUAUCAGUGGAAACUCGCGGCCCGAGGUUUGUUUAUACGAUGUAGAGACAAAACUCGGGGAGAGUAUGGAUCCCGGUGGAACUGGACACCGUGACGAUGUCAACUCGGUGAGGUUUUUGGACGACAGUGACCAGGUCAUUAUCAGCGGGUCUGACGAUGCCACCAUCUGCUUGUGGGACACUCGAGUCAACAAAACAAACAAAUGUGUGGGAGUACUUCCUGGCCAUAUCGAGGGUAUUACAUGUGUCGAAUCUAAAGGAGAUGGUCGGUAUAUUCUAUCCAACGGUAAAGAUCAAGCCAUGAAGUUGUGGGAUAUAAGAAAAGCUAUGGAGACGAAAAAGUACGCUCGAUCUGAACGAGGAUAUCUUGGUACCGGAUAUAAAUACCAAUUUGAGCACUACCGAUCAGCCGGAUUACGACGACAUCCUCACGAUGCCAGUGUCAUGACGUACCGAGGCCACGAAGUUGUCCGAACAGCCAUUCGAUGUCACUUCUCUCCGCCUCAAAGCACCGACCAGCAGUAUGUAUACUCUGGAUCAUCUGAUGGCGAUGUUUAUAUCUGGAAAUUGGACGGUACACUUGUCCGUAAACUGGAUGGGUCAAGUGUGUCGAAAAACCACGCAUACUACUCGCGACAUUACCAGAUUCCUCCAUCAAAUAUCAUGGCCACCAGCCCGUCCGACCGAUCGAAAUUCUUCAUAACCUGUGUCCGCGACUGUUCCUGGCACCCUACCCAGCCAUUUAUCUAUUCUCCCGUAUGGGUCGAACCAAAUGCUAUGGACGGAGGAGCCGGUGGGCUCGUGAUCAACUCGUACAAUCACGAGAACGACCCCCGCACCUUCAACAAAGAAUCGGAAUUCGAGUACCUCCGUUCACGCAUCAGCGACGACCUCGUCGAAAUCAACAAAAGACAUACCAAAAACGACAUCGACCCCCCUGUCGUCGACACCCGCCCCGUCACCGACACCCAGACCGGACUCUGGUUCUAG